AUGGAUACGCCACACCACUCAGUAUUGCUGGAGAAGGGGGAAAGACGAGACUCAAUAGUAGCUGAAAAGCUCGAGUCGCGGAGUAGCACGCCCUCUCUCACAUCCGAGCCGUUCAUACAAUCGGUGCAAGGUAGCAACAACAGGUGUGCCAGCUGUAAAUUCGAUGAACACUUCCUGGGUCCUCGAGCGCUCGACAGACAUUCGAAAUGGCCGAUGAUGCUACGAAUUCAUGGGAGUUGUCUUCCGGAUUUAAUUCUCCCUUUGAUUGUUGUGGGAUCUUGGACAACUGGCGUCUGUCUCUUUUCAAGACAUGUUCACGAUCUCGCCAUCAAAUCCACCCUGCUGACCGUCCUGGGGUUCGUGGUAGCACUUUCACUAUCGGUUCGUAGUACCACUGCAUAUGAGCGGUACAUGGAGGGUAGAAGAGCGUGGACAACACUUAUGACUACAUCACACCAUCUUGCACGAAAUAUUUGGAUCAAUGUGAAAGAGAGGGAAGGGCAGGAAAAAGACGAUCUACUAGCCAAAAUAACUGCUUUGAAUCUCAUUGUCGCAUUUGCGCGCGCCCUCAAACAUCGCCUCCGUUUCGAGCCCUACACACACUAUAAUGAUAUACGGGACCUUGUGAAGCACCUCAACACGUUCGCGCGAGAAGCGACUGAAUUGGAACCAGACCGGGAUGAAGCCCACAAGAAAAGUUUCUGGAAAUCAUACGGCGAGUACCUAGGCGUAUCGUUUGCGAUGUCCAAUCCUCGAAAGAUGAUUAAACGCGCCGAACAUCCACUUGGGAACCUCCCACUCGAGAUUUUGAACCAUCUGGCCGUAUACAUCCAUGACGUUAUCGAUGAGGAUCGCCUCAACCCGCCGCCAUACCAGGCCAAUGUACUCAGCGCAACUUUGACCUUGAACGAGAUCCUCGAAACCACCGACCGCAUCCUCAAUACACCCCUCCCACUCGCUUACUCCAUCGCCAUCUCGCAGUUAACAUGGGUAUACAUCCUCAUCCUGCCAUUCCAACUCUAUGAAUCGCUCGGAUUCAUCACGAUUCCAGGAACACUGCGUAGGGAAAUCCCCUUCCCCACUCCCACUCCUAUGUACUCGCCUAAUCCCCAAAGAUGA